GAGCCAAGCACACCUGGAGCAUUGCCCCUGCUCUGCCUGGCUGCCAGCCAGUGCCGGCCGGGUCGCGGGGCUCCCACGGCACCGCACACCACACCCCGGCACGGGGCUCGGCACAGACCUCACGCUCCCUUUCCCACCCUGCUGUGGGUCCAUGGCUGGCGCUGUGUCACUGGGCUGAGCCGCGCAGCCCUGGGACGCCUUGCCACGCCACACAGCCCUCCCUGGACAAGAGAACGCUGAACCAUUGUGCCCCCAGCCAUGCCCCGCGCUGGGCCCUUCCUACCCUGCAGCCCCUGGUGAGUGGGGAAGGAUCCUGAGCCUGUGCCAGGUUGGGUGACUCUGGCCUCCGCCGGCCACCAUGGAUUGGAAAACACUGCAGGCGCUGCUCAGCGGUGUCAACAAGUACUCCACGGCCUUCGGCCGCAUCUGGCUCUCCGUGGUCUUUGUCUUCCGUGUGCUGGUCUACGUGGUGGCAGCCGAGCGCGUGUGGGGAGAUGAGCAGAAGGACUUUGACUGCAACACGCGGCAGCCGGGCUGCACCAAUGUCUGCUAUGACCACUUCUUCCCCAUUUCCCACAUCCGCCUCUGGGCCCUGCAGCUUAUCUUUGUCACUUGCCCUUCCCUCCUGGUCAUCAUGCACGUGGCCUACCGGGAGGACCGGGAGAAGAAGAACCGGGAGAAGAACGGGGAGAAUUGUCCCAAGCUCUACAGCAACACAGGCAAGAAGCACGGUGGGCUGUGGUGGACCUACCUGCUCAGCCUCUUCUUCAAGCUUAUCAUAGAGAUCCUGUUCCUCUACCUCCUCCACAAGAUGUGGGACAGCUUCGACUUGCCACGGCUGGUCAAGUGCUCCAACGUGGACCCCUGCCCCAACACUGUAGACUGCUACAUCGCUCGGCCAACCGAAAAGAGAGUCUUCACUUAUUUCAUGGUUGGAGCCUCCUCCAUCUGCAUCAUCCUCACAGUCUGUGAGAUCUUCUACCUCAUCUUCAAGCGGGUUGUGCGGCGUGCACAGAAGUGGAAGUCCACCAAGCGCUCCGUCAGCUACAGCAAGGCCUCCACCUGCCGGUGCCACCUCAAGACAGAGGAGAAGGACAAGUCCCAGCCUAGAGGAGAAGAGCUGUGAGCUUGCCCAUCCCAGCCGGUUUGCCUUCCCCUUGGCCCAGCAGCUUUUCAAGCCUGCCAAGUCCCCGAACCCUCAAGAGCUGACCCGUGUGAAAAAUGACUAAACCCAACAAACUAAAGUCCUCCAAGGGAGGCCCAUGGGUGCCUGAGCAGACGCAGGUAAGGCAAGGGCAGACCCAGAGCUCUGCUGCCUGCACGCCGUGGUGCCACAGGGCUUGAAAAUCACACCAAUGCACAGAUGCCGUGCACGACCGCUGAGCAGCCGACCCCACCACAGCAGCCAGCACUGCCUGGCCCGGCAGCGAGCCCAGCCGAAAGAUGCAGUGAUGAAGCUUUUGAGCCUGGAAGGCAUAUAGGACUGGGGCUGGCAGGAGGGAACAUGGGGGCUUCCAUGUCCCAACAGCUUCUCUUGGGUCCUCCGGCUCUGCUGCUCCCAUGCUGGGUAUGAAUGCAUCAGUCAGUGCCUGGUCAGGGCUGGUGACACCCAAACCGGUGCCCCAGCUGGCCAAUACUGGGGCAGGACCAGCUUUCCCCCUUUGCUUGUGCAAGCAUCAUGCCAAUGUCCUGCCAAAGGCCCUCGCUGACCCUGCUGCUCCCCUCAGUGCCUUUGCACCCCCCGAGCCUUAGACGGACAUGUCACGCGCAGCAUCAGCUAUGGAUACAAAAGGCCAAUAAACAUCGUGUUGUUUGUAGACGCUCUGCACACUGUAAAUUGGGGGGGUGGGGGGGGCUGGUGAGGGCAGAAGAAAUGGAUUUGCAGAAGUUCCCCAGGAGUCCACAGCUGGGUGCUCCUCGCUCCCACCCGAGCCCGGGCAGCGCGGGUCAAGCCCCGGUGCCGGCGUGCCCACUGUCUGCCCGUUCCGCCUCCUUACAGCUUGUCACACGUUGUUAAACUUUAAUUCACUAGAACCGAACACUGGCCCCCAAGGAAAUCAAAGAGGAAUCAGCAUAAAUUAUUUACUAAACCUUGAUAAAUAUUGCAAUAAAUAGAAAUU